UCGAUGGACGAGCUGAGGCACACCAUGAAGGAGGCCCUCUUCCCGAGGGACGAGAGCGCCUCCCAGAAAGCCCUGGCAGAGGAGGUCGGAGCCCACCGCACGCCGAACAUGACGAACGCAGCGAUGAAGCUAGAGAUCCGCAAGGCCGUGCUGAUGAAGACGAAGCCCGAGCCGACGGACUUCAUGGGUUUCGGCAAGCACGGGGCCCUGACGUGCCGGCAGGUCCGGAUCCAGUGCCCGUCCUACGCCGAGUGGGCCCAGAAGGAGGCCAGCACCGACAGCAGCUGGGAGCUCACCCAGUGUGUCUCGUGGCUCAACGAGAUGAAGGUAGUCCAGGAGAUGGCCAAGGGCCCGGUGGAAGCUCCAGUGGAGCCUACCAGGGCACGAGGGGGCGCGAGGUCAUCUCGUCGGCGCACAAUGGACGUGAUGAUGGAGGACGAGCUCGGCGAGGAGACGUUGCGAUCGGCCCACCAGGAGGAGCUGACAGCCAACCGCCAGGCACAGAAGGAGAUGCUGGCGGCUCUGGGCCAGCUCAACCAGAGGCUGGAGCGCCUCGAGGCGCCGAGGGCUCCGAGUUCCGCGGACAGUUGUAUCGCAGUGGAGCACAGUCACACGAAGAUGGCCGAGAAGUUUGGCGAGGAGGCCGCGCAACGGGUCAGCUCGUGGAGCAGCCACAAGCUCGGGGCGGCCCAGGGCAAUCAGAAGGCCCGGGGGGCCCGGGACAAGGCCGAGCCCGACCACCUCUGGAUCAGCACUCGAAAACGACGGCUCCAAGCGAUCAAAGAGUACAAGGGCGCGGUGCAAUUGGUGUACGACCAGGUGGCCCAGGGGGGGCACGCCCACUGGGAGUGGCCCAUCAAGUGCGAAGGAUGGGGCCAUGCCUUGAUUCGCCAGAUGAUCGAGGCCUGCUCAAUGACCGCGGUGAAGGUGGCCGGGUGCCAGCUCGGGGUCAAGAAUGAGAAGGGAGAGCCCCUCUUGCAGGAGUGGCUCAUCGCUACGACCUCACCGAAGAUGGCGGCUCGGAUGGCCACAGAGUGCCCAGGAGGUCGCCGGCAUGGUGAGCUCAUGGGCGGGGGCCUCACGGCCUCGACAAGCUACUACACGGACGAGUUCGCCCAGAGGACCGCGCGGGCCAUGAUCGAGGGGGCCGCGCCGGACUACCACGAGCUCUUCAGGAGCAUGCCUGCAGAGAAUGAGACCAACGAGCACGCCUUCGCGGGGCAACGGGAGUCGAACUCGCACGCCGAGGACCCUGGCUCCAAGGAGUACCAGAAGAUCAUGCAGUGGCUCACGUCUGUGCACCGAGGGUCCGGUCACAGCUCCAAGGACUUCCACUGCGGGGCGCGCGAGGAGGCGAACAACCACCGCCCGACGCACCCGCCCGUCAGUCUCGCGGCCAUACCCCCGAAGUGGAAGCAGAUCCAGGCGGACCAGUUCGAGUGGGAGCACCCGCGGACGAAGCUCAAGGCCAAGUUUUCGCUGAUCGUUGACGAGAACUGCAAGGUCGGGGUCACUAAGCUGUUAUACCACAUGGUGGGUCAGGACCUCCACAGGAAUCCCGUCUGGGCAGACCUCAAGAGCUUCUACGAGGAAAGGUGGCUACCGUACUUCGGGAAGCCGCAGCGCGUGAAGGUGGACCCCGAGGGCUCCUGGAUGUACAAGCAGGCCGCCCAGUAUUUUGACUCGGACUCCAUCGGGUACGAGCCGAGCCCCGGCCAGGCUCACUGGCGCAUUUCCCUUGCGGAAGAGGCGAUCCAGGCAACCAAGGGGACGAUGGACAAGCUCGUGACUGAGAACCCGGACAUGUCCACCGAAGAGGCCCUGGCCCGCGCCACCGCAGCCAGGAUUUCCCGGGAGGGCGCGCGGGGCCACUCCCCCUUGCAGCGCGCGCUGGGAAGGGCCCCUGACCUGGACGGCCACUUCUUCGAGAGCGACUUCGACGAGCUGCCCUGCGUCGAGGCCCAGCGGGUCGACAAGGAGUAUGGCGAGAACUACAUGAGGAUGUGCGCGGCCGAGCAGGAGUACCUGAGGCAGGUGCACCUGCGUCGCCUGAGUCGCGCAGAGAAUGCCAAGAACCAGUUGCUCAAGGCCGUGGCGCCUGGCAUGUGGGUGCGCUAUUUCCGCAAGGAGACAGGCGAGGUCAAAGGACGCAUCAUCAAGGUGGAUGUGUGCCAGAUCCGAGCUGCGUCCACGCGGGAGAUCGCCUGCGCUGAGCUCGGGGCGGGCAAGGACACGCCCUGGACCGCGAACGCAUUCAUGAAUCAGGCGAUGCGGCAGGUGCCUGAACCAGCGCCUCCAGUGAAGAAGGCCCGCCACGAGGAGCCGCCCAGUGAGACCAAGUCCGAGCGCAACCAGAUCCCUGUGCGCAGGGCGAUUCGGAAGAAUACACCACCGCCAGGAGGAGUGGCCAGCAUCGCGAAGGCAGCCCGGGCUGCGCAGGCAGAGGAUAUCACGAUGGAAAGGGCUGCCCUGAUGGCCAAGGCAUCCUCGGAUGCACGAUCCUUCUGGGCACGGCAGGGGACAUCCCUGGGGAUCUCGGUCGAGCUGCCCCCGGCAGGACAGCCCCUGAAGCAGGCCACGAGACGCAUGAGCACCUACAUGGCAGGCCAACUGAAAAGUGGGAAGCGAGAGAUCGCAGAGCGGACCCUCGCCCUGGUGGAGGUGGCGAAGUUCAGCGUCGCCAAGGCCACCGAGGUGAACAACUACGUGAUAUCCUCCGCGCUGGAAUCCAUGCCGCCUGGGGCCACCCCGCCACCAGAGGAUGUAAUGCGCAUGCGGUGGAUCCUGGAGUGGAAGAUGGAUGAGACUACGAGUGAGAAGAAACCCAAGGCCCGGAUCGUGGUCUUGGGUUACAUGGAUCCUGAGUACGAGCACCGGCCGACGACCGCACCAACCAUGACCAGGACCUCCCGGCACCCGGUGCUGCAGGCUAUGGCGUGGCUCGGGUUCAAGGGUUACAAGGCCGACGUGACAGUAGCGUUUACCCAGAACCGGGAGAUCAAGCACGACCUGUUCGGGAUGCCCGUGGAGGAGCUGGCCGUCGCCCUGGGGAUGCUCGAAGGGGUUGCGAUGCGACUGCGGAAGGCAGGCUAUGGGCUCGUGGAGGCAGCCAUCGAGUGGUUCAUGACGGUGGGCGAGGCCCUGGAGGAGUUCGGCUGGACGCAGAUGAAGAUGGACCCAUGCGUUUUGGCACUCCACGGCCAAUCCCACGGCCAGGACACCAGCUUCACGAAGGAGGCCAUGGGUCUAUUCACGGGGUCCGAGGUAAUGGGCGAGCUGAUCGCGGCGGAGGGCGACCUGGACAUUGUGGCUAUCGCAGGGCCCCGCGUGGAUGACUUCCUGCUCGGAGGGAAGGAGACGGACCCCAGGUGGAUCGAAGCCCGGAAGAAGAUCGAAGAGCGGUUCAAGUGGAACGUAUGGGAGACCGAGAAUUUCAUGCAGACUGUUGUCCGGAUCCGGCAGCUUCCAGAUAUGAGCUUCAAGAUGGACCAGAGUGAGCAUGUCAAGACCAUCGAGAAGGCAGUCGUGAGCCCGGGGCGAAAGAAGAACAAGGACGCCCCGACCACCGACAAGGAGAAGGGGCAGCUGAGGGCAAUCCUGGGUGCCAUCGGCUGGCGCUCCGAGCAGUCAGGCCCCGUGCACUCGGCGGGCGCAAGCCUGUUGCUAAGCGCGAUGCCGUCCUCCACCGUGCAGACCCCCGUGGACACGAACCGCCUGGUGGACAGGGUGCUGGAGGGAGCAGACCUCCCCGUGGGCAUCUACAGCCAUUCUAGCGCGCAGGUGAUCGUUCCCAUCGAGUGGUCAGAUUCCUCGGAAGCGAACCGCCCCGACGGAAAAUCCACCAAGGGACUUGUCACAGAGAUGGCCCCACUACGCAUCAUGCAGGGAGAUGAGUCAGACGUGAGCAUGAUAUCAUGGAAGUCAGGAAAGAUCCACCGAGAGUGCCGGAGUUCAGUAUCAUGUGAGACCCGAUCAGCUGUGGACGGUGAGGACGAACUGUUCGGGGUCAAGCUCCAGGGCUUGGAGAUGCUCGGCAAUCAGAUCGACUGGCGCAACUCGGAAGGGACACUCAGUCAGUUACCCGCCGCCCUCGUGGUGGACGCAAAGGGUCUCUACGACAAGUUGCAGACCACGGUGUACACAUUCCGCGGCAAGGAAAAGAGAAUUGACGUGGAGGCCAUGACCUUGAAGGAGGGAUCGGCGGCGUCCAACAACUGGGUGCUGUGGGCGCACGGAGACGCUCAGCUGGCGAACUUUUUGACGAAGGGGCACGAGCCUGGACAGCUGGGGAUGUACUACAACAGUGGCCACAGGUGA